CGUAUGAGUGUGUGUGACAUUUGUCAUCUGUCAUAUCUUGAAUAUUUUUGGUUUUUGUAGCUUGACGUCUUGGUUUUGAUUUGAUUUAAUUAUAUUUUUUUGUAUUAAUUUUACACAUUACAACCAUUAUUUAACAAUACGGUUUAAUUCGAAAUGGAGUUAAGUGAAGACUCUAUAAAAAGGAAACAAAAUGUUUUAAUAUCUGACCAAGAUGGUGUUUCUCUAGAGAAACAUGACAAUGUACAAAUUAAAUCAGAACUGGAAGAAUGCAUGUUUGAGAGUAAUUACACAGAGGAUUCUUUACCAGACUCGUAUUGUUCGGACGAUAUUAAAAUAGAAGAACAUGAAUUACAAUGUGAAAUAAGUAGCUCAUUCUCCAUCAUUAUCAAGCAAGAAGUUAAGACAGAAAUAAAAAAAGAACUGGAUGACGAUAAUUUAGGGGUAAAUCAUGGCUGUGAAUCUCGAUUUAAAAUUACAAAUACGAAAGAAUUGGACUCGGACAAAGAUAUAAAAUUACAGAUAGGAGCUUCAACAGAGAUAUAUCAUGAUCAUGGAGAACAUUGUAGAAAUACGAAAAGAUCGAAAUUACUGUCCAACAUUGACAAACAAAAAAUCAAUUCUACGAACGUAAAUUCAAAUGCACAAUCAUGGUUCGCAGCAAAUAAACUUAGACUAAAUGACACCAAAACUCAAAAUUUAUUCAUUUCAUCUAAUCCAUUCGACGCUCAUGUGGAAAAAAAUACUGUAAAAUUGCUGGGCAUGACAAUUGACAACACACUGACUUGGUAUAACCAUAUUGACCAUCUCAAAGGUUUACGUCAGAAGGAGGUUAAAACGAAAUCAGAAAGAACGUUGGUAACUCACACUGGAGAAAGGCGUUAUAAAUGCGAAAUCUGUUCUAAGCAAUUUAGUCGAGAUAGGUUUUUGAAAGGGCAUUUAAGGACACACACUGGAGAAAAGCCUUACAAGUGUGAAAUUUGUUCUAAGCAGUUCCGUGAAGAAGGACAUUUGAAAAGGCAUUUAAGAAUACACACUGGGGAAAAGCCUUAUAAAUGUGAAAUUUGUUCUAAGCAUUUUAGUCGAAAUGAGAAUUUGAAAAUGCAUUCAAUAACACACACUGGAGAGAAGCCUUACACGUGCGAUAGGUGUUCUAAGCAAUUUAGUCGCGAUGAAAAUUUGAAAAAGCAUUUAAUGACACACACUGGAGCAAAGCCUUACAAGUGUGAAAUUUGUCCUAAGAAGUUCAGUGAAGCAGGACAUUUGAAAACACAUUUGAGAGUACACACUGGGGAAACCCCUUAUAAAUGUGAAAUUUGUUCUAAGCAUUUUAGUCGAAAUGAGAAUUUGAAAAUGCAUUCAAUGACACACACUGGAGAGAAGCCUUACACGUGCGAAAUUUGUUCUAAGCAAUUUAGUCGAGAUGAGCAGUUGAAAAAGCAUUUAAUGACACACACUGGAGCAAAGCCUUACAAGUGUGAAAUUUGUUAUAAGCAAUUUAGUCGAAAAGAAAAUUUAAAAAAACAUUUGAGAAUACACACUGGAGAGAAACCUUAUAAAUGUGAAAUUUGUUUUAAGCAAUUUAGUGAAGCAGGUACUUUAAAAAGACAUUUGAGAGUGCACACUGGGGAAAAGCCUUAUAAAUGUGAAAUAUGUUUGGCGCAAUUUACUGCAACAAGCAGUUUGAAAAAUCAUUUGAGGGUACAUGUUGGAGAUAAUCGUUAAAAUGUAAAGUAAUUUUAAAUUAAAAGCCUGAGAGCUGUUACACAUUUUUGAGUAGGUAUUUUACGCAAUCUGAAAAUUUUUCUGGUGACUCUUCCCAUUAUACUAUAAAUAACAUGACUCUUCCAUGAUAUCCUAAUACAAAGAUGCCGGUCUAGCUAGAGGGUAGCGGUUAUUUUCCCCAAAAAUCCCAACCGAAAUUAAAAAAAUGGUAAAAAUUUUGUAAUUACAAAAAAUAUCAUUGACGUGAAUUUAAAUGAAAAAAAAAAGACUAAGUUUUCACUCUAAUGGCUAAUAAAUUUUGUUGGUUAGUUACAUAAAUAAAUUAAGAGGAUCGGUACGUUUUUUCGGCUGCAAUGCUAUUCAAAUGGGGAUUCAUUUUUUUCGAAUCCUGAGAAAACUAAUAAGUAUUUUUAAAAAAUUUAAACGCAGAAUGAAAGAUUACGCUAUUAGCGAGGACCGAAAGUCCCUGAGAACUUCUAUAUUGUUUAUUUUAAUAAGUUACAGGGGUGAAAAACUAAGAGAAAAUUUAGUGUUAUUUUUAACUUCAAAUAUCUCAUUCAAAAUAAACUUUUUAUUUAUUCUAAGGGACUUUCGGUCCUCGGUAAUAAUUUAGUCUUUCAUUCUGCGUUUAGAUUUUUCAAAAAUAUUUAUUGGUUUUUUCAGGAUUCGAAAAAAACGUACACAAUGUCCGUGGUAAUAUUUUCCAAAUCUAUCUUUGUCAUACAACGCACUUAGUCGAAUAGAAUAUUGUCAGUCAGACACUGACAAUCAGUGACAAUUUUAAAUAAUUAUUUGACAUGAAUCGGGAAUAUUUUUAGUUGUUGAUUAAAUAAUAUUGAUAUAUAGUGUAUUUGAUAAAUAAUUGAUUUAAGAGGUGAACUUUAUAAAAAGUUAUUUAUUGUGUAUUAUUUAUGGAAGAUAGAAGCAGAGAAUACAUUAAGAUAUAUUCUGUGAUCCAAGUAUUUUGUUUUUAAAGAUGUUCAAAAUUGUAAGCGUUCCAUAGUAACAAUAUAUUAUUAAAAUAUCACUUUAACACUUUUGCUCUUUUCUCGAUUGAGUAUUAGUUUUUGUUGUAGGUACAUAUUAUUAAAAUCACUGAAUACAUUGCUAGUGAAAUAAUUAUCACAUUUAUUAACUGAAUUAAUAAUUUGCAAUUAUACAAAAAAUACCAGUUAUCCAAGAACAUUCAAAAGCCAUCUCUUUAAGCUAGUUAUGACAUUGUCAAGUAGAAUGACAUUUUAGUAAUAUGUACACAUAUCCAUACCAGUGUGAAUUUUACUACACGUAAUUUGCCAUGUAAAGACAAAAAAGGUAGGGAUAGCCGUAAAAUAUUUGCGAAUUAUGUACCCAUAGCCUUAAGUAAAAAUGAAAAAAUGACUUGGUUAUUUGAUGAAGAUGGAAAAACCAUAUGUAUAACAUGGGAGUAAAGUGCAUUUUCCUCCCUUGAAUGAUUACUUCAACUUAGUAAACUUCAUUCUCGUGAGGAAAAGUAGCACUUUCCUCCCUUGUUAUACAAAUAGCUAUUUUCCGUUUUCUGAAAGUAAAAUAUAUUUUGAAUUAUAUAAUCUACAUACAUUAUUUUUUUUCGUAAAUUAAUUUAUUAAAAAUAAAGAAUGUGUGUGUACUUUGUACGCACGUAAGAAGUUAUACUU